CAACAUCCUCUACAAGUCUCUACACAGAAUCAUUCUGAUCAUCAUGCACUUCUUCAAGUCCACCACUGUCCUCCUCGUCUCCGCCCUGGGCGUGUCCGCCACCCAUUUCCACAACAACUACGGCAAGAACGGCUGGAUCCAGGACAACCAGGGCUCCGACAUCCAGCUCAAGAACGGUGGCUCUGUCACCAUCGGCGGCGGCUGGGGCUUCUUCUGGGUCGACAGCAGCGUCUGCUCCAAGAACUCGGUCACCUACACCUGGCCCUCAAGCUACGGCGAUGUCUAUAUCCACAGCGAUGGUUUCUUGUAUGAUGCUAGUGGCUACCAAAUCUCCGGCGGUGCUCACAUUUGCGGUUAAAUGCUGGAUGUGAUGAGUGGAGUCUGGGGUAAAAAGGGGGUGCUAGGUGGAAAGAAAAAUGUACAUGUUGAUUUGUGGGUUGCAGAGUCCCCCUUGCAGAUAGGUGCUGUUCUUGUUGAAUCACUGUUGUGAGUCUGCAAGUCAUGAUUUGUGUCGAUCUGAAAUGAAGAUCCGUGCGCAUUGAUCCCGGCAUGUCUUGCAAGUGAAAUUAAG